GUUAUCUUAUGAUGAGGCUUUUACUAUGGCUAAUGACCCCUUGGAAGGCUUCCAUGAAGUAAACCUUGCUUCACCUACUUCUCCGGACCUUCUUGGCGUGUAUGAAUCGGGAGCUCAAGAGCCGACUACCUCACCAGGUGUCAUCUACCGGCCUCUCCCUUCAUCUUUAUGCUCUGCCCCUAUCCAGGCUAAUGCCUUAGAUGUCUCCGACCUUCCUACACAGCCUGUAUAUUCAUCCCCCAGACGUUUAAAUUGUACGGAAAUAUCUGGUAUCAGCAUCCAUGUUACAGACCCAGCACCUUGUUCUACCUCUGGAGUAACUGCUGGGUUAACGACCUUAACUACGAGAAAGGACAACUGUAGUGCAGAGAGGGAGUUUUUGCAGGGUGCUACUAUAACAGAAGCUUGUGAUGGCAGUGAUGAUAUAUUCGGUUUGAGUACCGAAAGUCUGUCCCGUUUACGAAGCCCAUCUGUUUUGGAAGUCAGAGAAAAGGGCUAUGAAAGAUUGAAAGAAGAACUUGCAAAAGCUCAGAGGGAACUGAAGUUAAAAGAUGAAGAGUGUGAGAGGCUUUCUAAAGUACGUGAUCAACUUGGACAGGAAUUGGAGGAACUCACAGCUAGUCUGUUUGAGGAAGCUCAUAAGAUGGUGAGAGAAGCAAAUGUCAAGCAGGCAACAGCAGAAAAACAGCUAAAAGAAGCACAAGGAAAAAUUGAUGUACUUCAAGCUGAAGUAGCUGCAUUGAAGACACUUGUAUUGUCCAGUUCUCCAACAUCGCCAACACAGGAGCCUCUGCCAGGUGGAAAGACACCUUUUAAAAAGGGGCAUACAAGAAAUAAAAGUACAAGCAGUGCUAUGAGUGGCAGUCACCAGGACUUCAAUGUGAUACAGCCAUUUGUAAAAGACUGCAAAGAGGCUGACUUGUCUCUGUAUAAUGAAUUCAGAUCUUGGAAGGAUGAACCCACAAUGGACAGAACGUGUCCUUUUUUAGACAAAAUCUAUCAGGAAGAUAUCUUCCCAUGUUUAACAUUCUCCAAAAGUGAGAGAAAAUGUGCUCUCACUGGCCAGAGUAAAUCCUGUAAACACAGAAUUAAAUUAGGAGAUUCAAGCAACUAUUAUUAUAUUUCUCCUUUUUGUAGAUACAGGAUCACGUCUGUGUGUAACUUUUUUACAUACAUUCGAUAUAUUCAGCAGGGACUUGUGAAACAGCAGGAUGUUGACCACAUGUUUUGGGAGGUUAUGCAGUUGAGAAAAGAGAUGUCACUGGCAAAGCUGGGAUAUUUCAAAGAGGAACUCUGAUCCUCUGCCUGGGACCAUGCACAAACCUCCCUGAUACCUGGAAAAUGGCUGAAUAUUUUCAUGGUUACGUGAUAUUUAUUUCCACGGUGUGGGCCCAGGACUUUUCCCCCCCUUUGCAAAUUACACCAAGAAAUACUGUGAUUUCUUUUAAACUGGCCUGUGCUGUGUUUGCUUGUUCUUUAGUUGAACACACUAUAAUGAAUUACAGGUGUCCUAGUGAUUGUAAUUUAUAGUCACAAAAAAAAGCUAAAUAAAUAAAUACUAGAUCAAA